AUGGAACCAGGGAAUGAUACACAAAUUUCAGAAUUUCUUCUUCUAGGAUUUUCAGAGGAACCAGAAUUGCAGCCCCUUAUUUUUGGACUUUUCCUCUCCAUGUACCUUAUCACAGUGUGUGGAAAUCUGCUCAUCAUCCUGGCCACCAUCUCAGACUCCCACUUGCACACCCCCAUGUACUUCUUCCUCUCCAACUUGUCCUUUGUAGACAUCUGUUUCAUCUCCACUACCAUCCCAAAGAUGCUUGUGAACAUCCAGACACAGAGCAAGGUCAUCACCUAUGCAGGCUGCAUCACCCAGAUGUUCUUUUUCUUAGUUUUUGUAAUGUUAGAUGACUUCCUCCUGACUGUGAUGGCCUAUGACCGGUAUGUGGCCAUCUGUCACCCCCUACACUACACAGUCAUUGUGAACCCUUGGCUCUGUGGAAAGCUGGUUCUGGCAUCCUGGAUUAUGAGUUUCUUGUAUUCCUUGUUACAAAGCUUAAUGACAUCACAGCUGUCUUUCUGUACACAUGUAGAAAUCCCCCACUUUUUCUGUGAACUUAAUCAGAUUAUCCACCUUGCCUGUUCUGACACCUUUCUUAAUGACAUGGUGAUCUAUUUUGCUGCAGUGUUUCUGUCUUUUGGUCCCCUAACUGCGAUCCUUUACACUUACUGUAAGAUACUUUCCUCCAUUUUCACAACACCAUCAGCUCAGGGGAGGCAUAAAGCAUUUUCCACUUGUGUUUCUCACCUCUUGGUUGUCUCAUUAUUUUAUUGUACAAGCCUAGGAGUGUACCUUAGUGCUGAUGCUACCCUCAGCUCACACUCAAGUGCAACAGCCUCAGUGAUGUACACUGUGGUCACCCCCAUGCUGAAUCCCUUCAUCUACAGUCUGAGGAACAAAGACAUAAAGAGGGCCCUGAAAAUAUUAUUUUUGGGGAAGCUAUAG